UGGCGUCCAAAUCUUCACUCUGGAAAACUGAGCCUGGAGGGGUGGGACAGGGAUUUUGGAGUCUGCCUCCUGCAGCCUCAGGGAAGUAGGACUCUUGGCUCUGCCCCUGUAGCCUCCCUGGCCAGGUGGUUCUCAGCCUCUGGGCUUCGCCCUUCCUGUCUGUGAAGUGGACUCCUGCUGAAUCCAAAUGGAACGUCUCCUUCUGCGUCCUGCUCCUCAGGGACUACAAGUCCCAAGGUGCUCGAGGAGACCCCGGCUCCCCCUCCUCUCCCGGGCCCGCCUCCCUCCCGCCCGAGUCACGUCGUCUAACCUGUUCCCUGCUCCCGCCCCGCCCCGUCCUCCGCUCCCCGCAGCAGGAGCCGGAGCCGGAGGAAGCCCCCCGGUGCCAGGAACUUCCUCGGAUCCGCGUCCCGCUCAGGCCGGCACCAUGGACAGCGAGGCAUUCCAGAGAGCGCGGGACCUUCUGGACCUGAAUUUCCAGUCUCUGGCCAUGAAGCACAUGGACCUGAAGCAGAUGGAGCUGGACACGGCGGCGGCCAAGGUGGAUGAACUGACCAAGCAGCUGGAGUCGCUGUGGUCGGACUCGCCGGCACCUCCUGGCCCGCAGGCCGGAGCGCCCUCUAGGCUGCCCCGAUACAGCUCCAGCCCAGUCCCUGAGUCCUUGGGCAGUCGUGGGUCCCCACGGAAGACGGCCACCGACAGCGCAGACACCGCGUUCGGACGCUCCGAGAGCGCCCCGGCCCUGUUCCCCUACAGCCCGCUGUCCCCCAAGGGUCGGCCGUCCUCGCCGCGCACACCGCUCUACCUGCAGCCAGAUGCCUACGGCAGCCUGGACCGCGCACCCUCGCCCCGGUCCCGCGCCUUCGAUGGCGCGGGCAGCCCCCUGGGCCGUGCCCCCUCCCCGCGGCCGGGAUCGGGCCCGCUCCGCCAACAGGGUCCCCCCACGCCCUUCGAUUUCCUGGGUCGCGCCGGCUCCCCACGUGGCAGCCCGCUGGCCGAGGGGCCCCAGGCCUUCUUCCCGGAGCGCGGACCCUCGCCGCGCCCCUCGGCUGCUGCCUACGAUGCACCAGCUGCCUUUGGGGGCCCCCUAAUGGGCGCCGGCGGCAGCGCCUUCGCGCCGCCUCUGCGAGCACAAGACGACUUGACGUUACGCCGGCGGCCCCCCAAAGCCUGGAACGAGUCUGACCUGGACGUGGCCUACGAGAAGAAGUCUUCGCAGACAGCGAGCUAUGAACGCCUGGACGUCUUCGCGCGGCCUGUCUCGCCGGGCCUGCAGCUGUUGCCCUGGAGAGAGAGCAGCCUGGAUGGGCUGGGAGCCACCGGCAAGGACAAUCUCACCAGCGCCACCCUGCCCCGCAACUACAAGGUCUCCCCUCUGGCCAACGACAGGCGUUCAGAUGUGGGCAGCUACCGCCGCUCACAGGGCUCCGCGGGGCCGGCGGGCACUUUGCCCCGCAACUGGCAGCCUAUCAGCCGCAUCCCAAUGCCCCCUGCCAGCCCCCAGCCCCGCAGUGCCCCCCGCCAGCGCCCCAUCCCCCUCAGCAUGAUAUUCAAGCUCCAGAAUGCCUUCUGGGAGCAUGGGGCCAGCAGGGCUAUGCUCCCUGGCUCCCCCAUCUUCACCCGCAUGCCCCCUCCUAAGCUGCCCCCCCAGCCUCAGCCAGCCCCCCAACCCCAGCUACCCCCUCAGCCCCAGCCCCAACCCCAGCCCCAGGCACAACCACAGUUCCAGCCUCUGUCCCAGCCUCAACCCCCAGCCCCUGCCCCUGCUCCCCAAACCCCCCAACAGACCUGGCCGCCUAUGAAUGAAGGUGCCCCCAAACCCCCUGCCGAGCUGGAGCAAGAGCCAGAGCUGGAGGGGCUGCUGACACCAGGGCUGGAGGGUGGAGAUGCAGAUGAAGGUGCCGUAACCCGGCCCCUCAGCCCCACGCGGCUGCAGCCAGCGCUGCCACCUGAGGCACAGUCAGUGCCCGAGCUGGAGGAGGUGGCCCGGGUGCUGGCGGAGAUUCCACGGCCCCUCAAACGCAGGGGCUCCAUGGAGCAGAGCCCAGCUGUGGCCCUGCCCCCCACCCACAAGAAGCAGUAUCAGCAGAUCAUCAGCCGCCUCUUCCAUCGCCAUGGUGGGCCAGGGCCCGGGACUUCUGAGCCUGAGCUGUCCUCUAUCACCGAGGGGUCUGAGGCCAGGGCAGGGCCCCCUGCCCCAGCCCCACCAGCUCCCGUACCACCCCCAGCCCCACCACAGAGCAGCCCGCCAGAGCAGCCACAGAACAUGGAGAUGCGCUCGGUGCUGCGGAAGCUGGGCUCCCCGCGCAAGGCCCGCCGUGCGCGCCUCAACCCGCUGGUGCUGCUGCUGGACGCCGCGCUCACCGGGGAGCUGGACGUGGUGCAGCAGGCGGUGAAGGAGAUGAACGACCCGAGCCAGCCUAACGAGGAGGGCAUCACGGCGCUGCACAACGCCAUCUGCGGCGCCAACUACCCCAUCGUGGACUUCCUCAUCGCCGCGGGCGCCAACGUCAACUCCCCCGACAGCCACGGCUGGACCCCGUUGCACUGCGCGGCGUCGUGCAACGAUACGGCCAUCUGCACCGCGCUGGUGCAGCACGGGCGCUGCAAUCUUCGCCACCACGCUCAGGUGACGGCGGCCACCGCCAUCGAGAAGUGCGACCCCUACCGCGAGGGCUACACCGACUGCGCCACCUACCUGGCAGACGUGGAGCAGAGCAUGGGGCUGAUGCACAGCGGGACAGUGUACGCCCUCUGGGACUACAGCGCCGAGUUCGGAGACGAGCUGUCCUUCCGCGAGGGCGAGUCGGUCACCGUGCUGCGGAGGGACGGCCCGGAGGAGACCGACUGGUGGUGGGCGGCGCUGCACGGCCAGGAGGGCUACGUGCCUCGGAACUACUUCGGGCUCUUCCCCAGGGUGAAGCCUCAGAGGAAUAAGGUGUAGCAGGAGGGAAGGACCUUUCCAAGGGAGACAGGAGGAAGCGGCUCUGUCUUCUCUCUGGCCUACUGGUGUCUGCUGCAUCUCCCUGCACCCGCAGCCCAGCAGAAGCGGGGUCCUGGCUAUCAGUUCUCUGAGAGAGAACCCCAGCCUUAAGUUUUAGGAAAGCUGCCUUAGCUGCCGGAGGUCAGGGGUGGAGCUGGAGGUCAUUCUGGGGCAGGAGACCCCUGUUUGCCAAAUCAGGCCCCGUCUAAAAUGCCUCCCACCCUUCCUGCCAUCCCCUUCCCCAAAGCAAGCCAACCCGCGAUUCCAGCUGAGCCUGGGAUGUGUCACCUCCACUCUAUUUCCCUGAAAGUCGCCUCAGACCCCAUCUCUCCUAGCAGCCUUGGGGACCAGGUGAGGGUGCAUGGAUCUCCCCUAGGGUGACUGCCCCACUCUCCCCACCUAAGUGCCUUCACACCACACUGGUUUUAUGUUUCUAUCAAAAUGGCGACAUUUUUCUUUAUAAAUAAAGGUAGCUUGCACAGA